AUGUCCCAAGAGUACGUAGUGAAUGUUAUUGCCCAUGUAGACCAUGGAAAGACUACUUUUAUGGACUCUGUCCUAGCUGAAUCUGGCCGGAUAGCUAAAUCCUCAGUAGGUGAUGCGCGCAUACUAGAUUCACGAAAAGAUGAACUAGAAAGAGGAAUGACCAUGAAAAUCUCGCCAGUAACUAUAUCUGGUCCGCCAAAGAUCACCUUUUUAGAUACACCAGGACAUCUUGAGUUUGGAUCUUUAGCUGAGUCUUCUUUCAUUAUUGCUGAUACUUCCCUCGUAAUUGUAGAUAUCUCAGCUGGAGCAACUGAUCGCACAAAGUUUCUAGUGGAAACUGCUAAAAAGGCCGGCACUCGAGUUAUUCUACUGAUCAAUAAGAUAGACGCUUUAUUCAAACGAGGUGUACCACAAGAUGAGGCCGAAUACUUAGCCGAAAUGGUUCUGCAGAGUUUAGAAGCCGAACAAGCCUGGGAGAACGGUGAUGUUCUACUGGGCAGUGCUCGUGAUGGCUGGGGUAUUUCUAUCCAUACUAACCCCACCCAAUUACUAGGCCGGCCUACUAAACAUACCCUAUCCCUUAAUAAGGCUUUAGCCCUUAUCAAAGCAGUUUAUAGUGCAGAUAGUGCCGGUCUAAAUACCUUAUCCACUCGACUGGGCCUAGUUGCUCGUCCUGGACGUAAAGCUACUUUUACUGCUCGUGAUGUACUUAGUACAGCCUUUGGUCUCUUCCCAGCCGUUCAAGGUCUAAUUACUAGUCAAGCUAGUACUUGGGCAGCUGCUAAUUGUCCUCCAGAAGUUCUAGGUGUUAUUUGUGCUAAUACACUAGUGGGUGAAACUCUUACUGCUGUAACCCGACUUAGUCCCCAUGCCACUAUCACUCCCGGUAUGUCUGUUAAACUCAUUGAAGCCACUCCUAAUCCAACUACCCCAACUACUCCAACUAAUCCCUCCUCAAUACUACCCAGUACACCCGGGACCAUUCAGCAAAUCAUUCUCUUUGAAGAGGCUCUGCCUUCUCCAGCUACCCCAACUGAUACUAGCCUAAUUUACUCGGGUCUAGUUGGAAUUCAAGGUCUGCCCUGUAAGAAAAGAGGUUUACUUGUGACUGAAUGUUCGCCGGCUGUUUUACAAUUUGCGGCAGCCCUUCCAUGGCCCGUUUUCAAUCCCAUCUUUGUUGAUAUUAUUGUAACAACCCCGGAAUCUUUCCCAGAAGUUUUCCGACGGAUUGGACUCCUAUCAAGAUGCGAUCCAGGUUUAUUUUGUGCUAUCAAUCGAGACCAAGAAAUAGUUGUUAAAAGUGAUGGCAGUUUGCAAAUAGAUAAGAUCAAAACCGAUCUAGAAGGAUUAGAAUACUCCGUUCGUGAAUCUUCCGGCAUUCAUUUAGAAACACUCGAAUACGCCACCGGUACUCUAGCCCAUAACAAUCUCUACUACCCCGCCACUAUCCAAGGUCUAGCCAGUCGUUCUACAACCACUACUCAACCCCUCUGCACUACCCACUACGAUCCCGCCGUCCCUCCAGAACUCCGAGCAGCCGCUAGUGCCCUUCUUAAAAGAGGCCCCUACUUAGCCUGUCCUAUCGGCUUAGUUAAACUUACUAUCUCGGCUCCUCUCCCCUCUCCCCCUUCUCCUCCCACUACACUACAAACUAUCUUCCUCAGCGGCCAACCCCGACUUCUCACCAACCAUACCCACCUCCUCGUUCGCACUCUUUCUACACAAGCCAAAUCGGUUCUUACAGCCGUCUCCCAAACUCCAGCUUCAAUUACAGCCACUGAUUCCGAACCACCCGGUCUCCGCUUCCAAAUCCGUACCCCUGUCCAUGAAUUACGCCAUCUUGCCGUCCUAAUUCGCGACCAUACCAAAGCCGCAGCCGAUCUCUACACCCACCCGGAAGUAUUCUAUGCCCUUUUAGACUCCCCAACUUAUGAAGCACAAUUAGUGCAUCAGAUAAGAUUAGAAAAUGGACUUCAUGAACCAGAUAAAGUGGCCUAA